AUGGUCGACAUCGUCCCCCUCUCCUCCUUCCCCUCCUACAUCGAUCUCCUCCCCUCAAUCCAAACCUGCAACAUCACCAACCUCCCCGAAAACUACUUCCUGAAAUACUACCUCUACCACGCCCUGACAUGGCCGCAACUGAGCUUCGUCGCCGUCGUCCGGCCCAAGAAUGGGUAUAAGAGCGGUGGUUCCGGACCCGGUAUGGCGGGGGAUAUCUCCGGCGAGUAUCCGAAGGUGGUGGGGUAUGUGUUGGCGAAGAUGGAGGAGGAACCGGCGGAUGGACUGCAGCAUGGGCAUAUUACUAGUUUGAGUGUUAUGCGGACGCAUCGGAGGUUGGGGAUUGCGGAGAGGUUGAUGCGGAUGAGUCAGCGCGCAAUGGCCGAAUCCCACCGCGCCAACUACGUCUCCCUGCACGUGCGCAUGUCCAACACCGCCGCCCUCCGUCUGUACCGCGAUACCCUGGGCUUCGAGGUCGAAAAGGUCGAGAGCAAGUACUACGCCGACGGCGAGGAUGCCUACGCCAUGCGCCUGGACCUGCAGAAGCAGUGGCUGGACUGGAAGGCGAUUGAGAAGCGGGAUCGGGAGAAUGACAAGGCCAAUGCCAAGGAUGACGAUGAGAAUGCCGACGAGGGUGAUGAGGUUGGUGAAUUGGGCAAGAAGGAGGAUGGCAAGGAGGGCGAGAAGUUGGUUAAGGUUAAGGUUGGUCGUGGGUUGGGUGUUGGUGAUUUGGUUGAGAGGAAUGAGAGUCAGCAGUCAUGA